AUGCCGCUUUCUAGGGGCCGAAAUUUACCCUUGAAAAAACGUACUUUACUAGAAUUGGAACACGAUGCCACACCGAGCAUGAAAACUAACCCCUUUAAACAGGCCGAUAAAGCCGCACAUCCUGGUGGCGCAACACCUAAUUUUGCGGCGGGAAAACGACCAGGCGCCGCUGGAGGCAGUUCACCAAAAGAAAUCAUGCUUCAUUGGUGCCAAACAGUAACCAAGGGAUAUCCACACGUUGAUGUGAAGAAUUUUGGCAGCAGUUGGGCCGAUGGAAUGGCAUUCUGUGCUUUGAUCCACCAUUUCUACCCAGAUGCCUUCGACUUCUCCACCCUCAAACCCGAGGAUCGAAGAGCCAACUUUGACCUUGCAUUUAAGACUGCCGAGUAA